CACUUGAUUUUGCAUAUGUCUGUGGCGAAGACUCUGGCCGAAGCAGGUCACAAUGUGACUGUGGUUUCUAUGUUGGAACCCAAAGUAAAGUGCAAGGAUAUACAUCUGAUUGUUAUCCCAGUUUCUGACGAACAAGAACUUUUAAUCGAAAACAAACUGAAGCAAAUUGCAAUGAAAAAGAAUACACUCUAUGAUACUUUUUAUCACUUAAUGAAUGAUAUGAAAGUAAUGAUUGAUACGCAAUACGAACUGCUCUCCCAUCCGAAGUUUCAACAGAUAUACGAGACAAAAUUUGAUCUUAUGAUCUUGGGUUGGUUUGUCAAUGACUUCCAAUUAGGUGUGGCAGCAAAGUUAAAGGUGCCAGUUAUUGUAGACUGGGUGAUGGGACCAACUCCAGGAACCGAUGCACUGGUGGGUAAUCCAGCUGAAAUAUCCUAUGUACCUAAUAUGAUGAAUCCGGUCUCAAAAGGCAAAAUAAUGAGCUUUGGAAAAAGAUUAAACAAUUUAGCUACCCAUUGGUUUUAUAAAUAUUUAAACGGCCUCUUUGAUAAAUGUUUCGAUGAAUACUAUUACGAACACUUUGGAAUGGAGAAAAAUUUGCCAACAAUUAAGCAAUUGAAACAAAAUGUAUCACUUGCCUUUGUCAACUGUCAUCUAAUAAGUGAAGGGCCAAUAAAGCCUUUGGUGCCAGCAACCGUACAGAUCGGAGGAAUACAAAUAAAGGAUACACCCGACCCACUACCCAAGGAUAUUGAAGAAUUUCUUUCAAGCUCUAAGCAUGGUGCUAUAUUGCUUUCCUUGGGUUCCAAUAUCAAGAGUUCUUCGGUGAAACCAGAACUAACCAAAAUUAUAUUCAAAGUUUUAUCAAGCCUAAAACAGAAUGUGAUAUGGAAAUGGGAAGAUUUGGAUAAUGUACCAGGCAACUCAACAAAUGUUCUCUAUAAGAAAUGGUUACCGCAGGAUGAUAUCUUGGCGCAUCCCAAAUUGAAGCUCUUCAUUACCCACGCAGGCAAAGGCAGCAUUACAGAAGCCCAAUAUCAUGCCGUUCCUAUGGUAGCUCUACCAGUUUUUGCCGAUCAACCUAGAAACGCUGCUAUAAUGCAAAAUUCUGGCUAUGGAUUUAGCUUGGAUCUUUUGACCCUGACUGAGGAUACAUUUGAAGCUGCUCUUCGCGAAGUUUUGGAGAAUAAGAAAUAUGCCAAGGCGAUUGGAGAAUUUUCCACCCUCUAUAGAGAUAGACCUCUAACUGCCCGUCAGGAGGUUGUCUACUGGACUGAAUAUAUAUUACGCCAUCGAGGGGCUCCACAUUUACAAAGUCCUUUGGUUCAUAUGGAUACUAUAGCUGCCUAUAACCUCGACAUUUAUGUCCUGCUAAUAGUGAUAUUGGCUAUAAGUUUGUUAAUUACUCACUUUUUGCUCAAAUAUUUUGUACAUAAAGUCUUUAGCAAAGCGGUGCCUUCUGAAGGAGCAAAUAUUUUGGGUCUGUAUAGUGGUUACACUCCAUUUCACUUGAUAUUGCAUAUGUCGGUGGCGAAGACUCUGGCUGAAGCCGGUCACAAUGUAACAGUAGUUUCUAUGUUGGAGCCCAAAGUGAGGUGUAAGGAUAUACAUCUGAUUGUAAUUCCAGUUUCCGAAGAACAUCAACGUAUAAUAGAGAAUAAAUUGAAGGAAUACGCUACUCAAGAAAAUACAAUUUAUAAUGCUUUUGAUAACUUAUUGAAUGGCCUAAAAGUGAUGGUAGAUUCGCAAUCUGAACUUCUUUCUCAUCCGAAGUUCCAACAGAUAUACGAAACAAAAUUUGACUUAAUGAUUUUGGGUUGGUUUUUCAAUGAGUUCCAACUGGGUGUGGCAGCCAAGUUAAAGGUGCCAGUUAUUGUGGAUUCAGUGAUGGGACCAACUGCGAGUACUUUUCAGCUAGUUGGUAAUCCAUUUGAAGUGUCCUAUGUAGGCAACCCUUUAAAUGUUAUUCAGAAAGAUGAAGACACGAGUUUCGGUAAAAGAUUGAAAAAUUAUGCCACGCACUGGGUAUAUGCAUAUUUAAUGAGACAGUUUGAUAAACUAUACAAUGGAUUCUACAAUGACCACUUUGGAAUGGAGAGAGACUUUCCCACUUUCGAUCAAAUGAAAAGGAAUAUAUCCCUAGUUUUUACAAGCUGUCAUUUCAUCAGCGAGGAACGUAUACGACCUUUAGUGCCAGCUACUAUUCAGAUUGGUGGCAUACAAAUUAAGGAUACACCCCAUCCGCUACCCAAAGAUAUUGAAGAGUUUCUAUCGAGCUCUAAACAUGGUGCUAUAUUGUUCUCGAUGGGUUCCAGUAUCAAAAGUUCCUCAUUGAAACCAAAAGUUGUUCAAAAAAUAUUCAAUGUCUUAUCCAAGCUAAAACAGAAUGUGAUAUGGAAAUGGGAAGAUUUGGAUAAAUUGCCUGGGAAUUCACCGAAUAUCAUUUACAGGAAAUGGCUACCUCAGGCUGAUAUCUUUGCCCAUACUAAGACGAAGCUGUUCAUCACCCACGCAGGAAAAGGGGGCGUCACAGAAGCCCAAUAUCAUGGUGUACCCAUGGUGGCUCUACCAGUUUUUGUUGAUCAACCUGGAAACGCUGCUAUUAUGCAAAGUUCUGGCUAUGGACUAAGUUUGGAUCUUUUGACCCUGACUAAGGAGACAUUUGAAGCUGCUCUUCGCGAAGUUUUGGAGAAUAAGAAAUAUGCCAAGGCGAUUGGAGAAUUUUCCACCCUCUAUAGAGAUAGACCUCGAACUGCCCGUCAGGAGGUUGUCUACUGGACUGAAUAUAUAUUACGGCAUCGAGGGGCCCCACAUUUACAAAGUCCUUUGGCUCAUAUGGCUGCUAUAGCUGCCUAUAAUCUCGACGUUUAUGCCCUGCUAUUAGUGAUAUUGGCUAUAAGUUUGUUAAUAACGCGUUUUGUAGUCAAAUUUGUACUACUUGAAAUCUAUAAAAGAUUUGCACUGUACUCGAAUAUUUCAAAAAAAGUUAAAUAA